ACGAUUUCUCGUUAUCGAUGUACCGAUAACAGCAUGGCUACCAUCAGCUGUGCUGGAACAGCAAGAAGAAGCGAUAUACACACAACAUUUCGGAAAGAUAAAGAAAACCAAGCGUUAUCCAUUCGCAAGAGUAAGUAAAAAUUAGGACGUUUAAUAUUGAAAAAUGAGUGCAGCCGCUGCAUUAUCGGGUAUACAGAGUACCGCUGGUGCUGUGCCCGUACGCAAUGAGAAGGGUGAGAUUUCUAUGCAAAAGGUUAAGGUGCAGCGCUACAUAUCAGGUAAGCGACCCGAUUAUGCGCGUGCUGAGUCCACAUCGGAGGAGAGCGACGAUGACGACUUCAUUGACAAUCGGCGACGCCACAAGGCGGAGCGUCACAAAAUGGAACUGGCGCGGCGAGGCAGUGGCGAUGAAAAGCAGCCGGAAGAUGAAGAGGACAAUGCUGAGGUAGACGAUCCGCGACUGCGGCGAUUGCGUACUCGUCCCGUCGAUCAGGAGGAUUUGGAACGCGAACGUCGAGAACGCCACAGGCACAUCCAUGAGCCCGAAUUCGUGGACAGCGAUAGUGAAGAAGAAGACAAAGAGCAAGCUGUCAUCAAUGAACAGCAGAAACGCAUUGAACGUGGGACAAAUAAAAUCACACUGGCAUCCGAAUCCGACACAGACUCGGAACUAAGUGAGACCGAACUGGAGAAACGGCGCACGAAACUGCGGGCACGCAUGUUGCAACAACAACGCGAAGAGGAGGUACUGCAGAAGGAAGACGAAAAGCAAUCGGAGUCAUCCGAUUCGGAAAGCUCCGAAUACGAGGAAGAAUCCGAAAGUGAAGAAGACAAUGAGCCACGCCUCAAGCCACUCUUUGUGCGCAAACGCGAUCGUGCCACAAUACAGGAAAAGGAGCGUGAAGCCCAAAAACAAAAACAACUAGAGGCGGAGGCUAAGCGGGCUGCCAAGGAGCGUAGACGCGCCACAUUGCGCAUGGUAGAGGAUAGCGUGAAAAAAGAUUUGGAGAAAAUCAAGCCGGAGACGAAUGAAGCGUGUAUAGAGGAUGUUUGCACUGAUGAUGAUAACGACGAGCUGGAGUAUGAGGCGUGGAAGCUGCGCGAACUCAAACGCAUGAAGCGCGAUCGCGAGGAGCGUGAUAUCGCUGAACGCGAAAAACUGGAAAUUGAGCGAAUGCGUAAUAUGACCGAAGAGGAACGUCGGCAGGAGUUGCGGUCGAAUCCCAAAACAAUAACCAACAAAGCGACCAAAGGCAAAUAUAAAUUUCUACAAAAAUAUUAUCAUCGUGGCGCUUUCUAUCUGGACGAGGAGAAUGAUGUGCUAAAACGAGAUUUCGCGCAGGCCACCCUCGAGGAUCACUUCGACAAAACGAUACUGCCCAAGGUUAUGCAGGUGAAGAAUUUUGGACGUUGUGGGCGUACCAAAUACACGCAUUUAGUGGACCAAGAUACGACAAAAUUCGAUUCGCCUUGGUAUGCAGAGACCUCAAACAAUAUGAAAUUCCACACGGAACGCGCCGGCGGAAUGCGUCAGCAAUUUGACAAGCCAACGGCCUCCAAGCGGAAGAAGUUAGAGUAACAUUAUCUUUAUGUUUGUAGUUUAUUCAACAAUUUCAUAUAACUAGUUACAAAAAGUAUGUAAUAUGUAAUAAUUAAUAAGUAACAAGGAAAAAAAUAGUCAAAAAGUA